GCUGGUCGGUCCGUGGAUGUAGGCUACCGAGGCUCAGCUUAUAAAUAGCCCCCACAGUGGCCAUUCUUUAACAGUUUGCGUAUCACUCGCCUGGUCUGUGCUGAAUCCGGAGAGAUUUGAGCGCGCCUGUCAAGCCCGUUUUCUUCCCUUGGUGGUGACGCAAGUUGGCAACAACUUGGCAGGCAAGGUAGGAGUUUUUCCUGAUCAACAGAGCCGAGUGUAAAUGAAAAGAGAGGCAUUGUUAGGCUGAUUGAGGUCUUUAUCAGAGGAGAGCCCGCAGAGGCACAGUGUGGUGCUUUCUUUAACUGUAGGCUGUUCAUUAAUGGGACUGCAACUAAUUAUUUUGUAACAAUUCUCUAUUUGGAUCAAAUAAUCAAGCACUUAAAAUGUAAAAAUCACAAGUUAUCAGGACCCAAUUUAGAAUACAGACAAUACAUCCCCAAAUAUUAAGUUUAUGACAGGAAACAGUGACAAUCAGGAUAAUCUGAGAAUUUGUGGAGCUGUAACUAUCAAAUAUUUGUUGUUUUUGUGCCAAUAAUAUAUAUUUUUUUUAGAUAUUUAAAAAAAAAAACUUUACAUUUAAAAAAGCCACCUGUUACAGGCUGUGUAGAAGGGUGUGUGUGUGUGUGUGUAUGAAUGUGUGUGUGUGUUAGGUGGGUAUUCUUCAGAGGAAAGCAUCUGUUCUCCACCUGCCGGCGGGUGAACUGAACCUGUUCUUCCACUUUGUAAUCACAUGAGCUGAGAAGUUUGAGUCAGUUGAUGUUUACUUGCUCUGUAGUAGUUGUCUUCAGCUUGUGGACUCCCUCUUCUCUCAGGGUGAGUGUUUGCUCAGAUUGCUGCUUUAUCCUCCAUCAAGUUGACAUUUGCUGUCAGUGCGUUUUCCUGCAGAUGAGUUUAUCUUUUCUUUUUUAAAGCAUUAUCUCAGAUGCCACUGAUGGAUUGAUCGCAGCCUCCAGGCUAAUUCAUACAGAACGUGGCUGAAGGAGGGAAAUAUGAAGGCUGAUUUGGAGGCUUCCCUGCCUGCUGGUCAGGAGGAUUUUGCAAUCCGGUGCCGGGACGUUUGCCGGUCGUACGGGAAACUGAAGGUCCUCAGCAACCUCAACUUGACUGUACCGCAGGGACAAAUUUAUGGCCUGUUGGGGCCCAGUGGGUGUGGGAAGACCACACUCCUGAAAUGCAUCGUGGGAACUCUGAAAAUCUCGCGGGGUCACAUCUCUGUGUUAGGGAAGCCACCUGCGUUCCCUGGUCACGACGUGCCGGGGAGGAAGGUCGGAUACAUGCCACAGGAGCUGGCGUUGUACAACGAGUUCACCAUUGGUGACACCCUGACCUUCUUUGGCCGAAUCCACGGCCUGACGUCGAAGGAAACCAAGGCACGUAUGGAUUUCCUCAUUGACUUCCUGGAUCUACCUCAGAAGCACAGCCUGGUCCGAAAUCUCAGUGGUGGUCAGAAGCGCAGGGUGUCUCUGGGAGCGGCUCUGCUUCAGAAUCCCGAGCUGCUCAUCCUGGAUGAACCAACAGUCGGAGUGGACCCCGUGCUCAGGGCUAAGAUUUGGCAGCAUCUAGUGGAGAUUGUGAAGACGGGGAAAGUGUCUGUCAUCAUCACCACACACUACAUAGAGGAGGCCAGGCAGGCCAAUGUGGUCGGUCUCAUGAGGAAUGGCUGUUUACUGGCUGAAGGUCCUCCAGAUGCAGUCAUGAAGCAGCACAGUGCAACAACCCUGGAGCAAGCCUUCCUUCAGCUGUGUGAGACGUCAGACCAGAUCGGCUCAAAGCGGGGGUCCAGUCCGCAGGGUGGGCCUUUGGAGAACAGCCAAUCGUUCGAGAGUGGGCGGGACGAGAGUCGGCCAAUUCUCGCAGUCGGACCAGGAGCUGCUGAGGAAACUCCCAAAUAUUCAGCGGACUGGAAGGUGCGAGCCAGACACCUGCUGCCAAAGUGGAGAAACAUCGCCGCCCUGAUGAUCAAAACAAUGGUGCGGAUGAAGAGAAUGCCAGGCUCGUUGUGUUUCCAGUUCUUGCUGCCCGUCAUCCAGGUCUCUCUUAUCUGUUUGUGUGUCGGAGGAGACCCAAAGGGGAUCCAGGUUGCUGUGGUGAACAACGAGACCUCCCCCUCCGCUUACAGCCGAUCACUGCUCUCCUUCCUGGACAACUCCAGCGUGCAGCAGGUGCCCUUGUCCCAUAAAGAUGCUUUCGAUGGGAUCUAUGACGGAGAGUACUGGGGUGUCAUCGGCUUUGGCGAGAAUUUCACCAGUUACCUGACAAAAAGGAUGAUUCAGCGGCAGGUUUCUAGAGAGGUGGUUGAUGGAGGAUCACUACAUGUCUGGCUGGACCUGACAAAUCGACAAAUUGCUGUUAUGCUGCAGAAGAAACUACAUGAGGCCUUUCAGGCUUUUGUGGAUAAUAAGUUGGGCAGAAUGUCGUACCUGGUCUCCCUGCCAAUAAAGUUUGAAGAACCGAUCUAUGGCAGCCAAAACACAGACUUCACCACAUUUGUGACACCUGGAGCUGUUCUCAGUAUCACCUUCUACCUGGCCGUGGGUCUGACAGCUCUCUCCUUUGUCCUGGAGAGGAAGGAGGGGCUUUUGGACAGAUGCUGGGUUGCAGGUGUGAGCUCUCUGGAGACGAUGCUGGCUCACCUCUUCUCUCAGCUGUUUGUCAUCAGCGUUCAGAUCCUCCUGCUGCUCCUCUUCAUACUGCUCGUCUUCAAGAUACCUAAUGAGGGAUCCUUGGUGCUGGUCAUAAUUCUGAUCGUGCUGCAGGGCAUCACUGGCAUCUCGUUUGGCCUCGUAAUCUCAGCCGCAAUCGACGACGAGCAGAAUGCCAACCAGGCCGCCCUGGGGAUCUUCUACCCCAACCUCAUCAUCAGCGGUAUCAUCUGGCCUGUGGAGUGUAUCCCCUAUCCUCUGCGCUACAUCAGCCUAGCUCUUCCUCAGACCUACGCCUCAGAAGCCCUUCGAUGUAUCAUGUACAGAGGUUGGGAUCUGACUCGGAUGAUGGUGUGGCGAGGCUUCGCAGUCACCCUGGGCUGGAACACCUUCUUCAUCGUCCUGGCCACGGUCAUCUUAAAACUGAGGACGUGACCGCCUCGACCCGGAGAACCUUCUUCAGAGUGCAGACUGAGCUGAAACCCAGGAGCCAGUGACUCACCUGGGCCUCCUGUGUGUGGAUGGACUGGGGCAGCAGGGAGCCAGAGGAGGGAGGGAUCACUGUGGUUUAAUGGACUGAUGGGGUUGAAGCAUCAGUCUCCCUCCUCAAAAUGAUCUGUCUCACACCCACGCACGCACACACACACACACACACACACAC